AUGGAUUUUAAUUUCACAAAUAAUACUAGUAAAGUCAUACCAAUAGAAUAUAUUGAGAUGAGAAACAAGUUUAAGGAACGAUUCCAAGAAAUUCCAAAAUCAAGUUCAAAUCUUAUUCAUGGUUCCACCAUAGAAAUUCGAGAUGCAACAGUAAUCGUAAGUUCAUCUCAUCACGCUUUGUUUUUCUUGUUGCAAGAUAUGAAUGAUCAAUCUGAUUUUCAUUGA